UGGCUGCAUUGCAUUGUCAGCACUUGCUAUAAAGUCUGGUUUUGUGGCAACAGCUGCUGUUUAUGGGUUUUUAUCAUGCUCUGGCCUUGGACUUGCCUAUGUUGCUCCACUUGCUAAUGGAAUGAAGUGGUUCCCUCAUAGAAAAGGUCUUGUCAAUGGUAUAGUUGUUGCUGGAUAUGGACUUGGAGCUUUAAUUUUCAAUCAAGUUCAGACAGGUUUUCUUAACCCAGAAAACAAAUCUCCGGAAAACAAUGGGUAUUUCAAAGAUCCAGAGAUUUUAGAUCGAGUUCCUAAGAUGUUACUUUUAUUGGGAGGUGUCUAUGCUGCAGUGGAGCUCAUAGGGUGCUUUAUUCUCUUUAAUGCACCUAGUGAAACUUUGUCAGAUAAAACUGCUCUCCUGGAAUCCCCAAACAUCAGUGAUGUAGAUGACCAGGAAACUGAAUUGUAUCUCAAAAAGGAUCCUGCCAAUCCCAAAAGUCACAAAUAUACAGGUGAUUUGACACCUAAGGAAGCUGUUAAGACUAAGGAGUUCUACCUGCUGUGGUUUACAUUUGCUCUUAAUGUACAAUGUGUACAGUUUAUCAAUACUAUGUAUAAGGCUUUUGGACAGACUUUCAUAUCUGAUGAUCGUUUUCUUGCAACAGUGGGUUCUGUAGCAUCAGUCUUUAAUGCUGUUGGUCGGAUUUUAUGGGGAACUUUGCAGGACAAAACUUCAUACAAAACAUGUAUGGUUUUCCUCUGUGGAUUUCUUUGUGCACUGAUGAUGAGCUUCAUUGCUACUCCUCAAGGGGAGAAAGCCAUGUUUACUGUCUGGGUUUUGUUGAUUUUCUUCACUUUUUCUGGAUUGUUUGUACUGCUUCCAACAACAACAGCUCAGACUUUUGGUCCUCUGUAUGCAGGAACUAACUAUGGCCUGAUUUUCACAGCUCCUGCUCUUUCAUCUUUAAUAGGAGCUUUUAUUAUAGAGAAAGUACAGAACAGUCUUGGUUGGUUUGGGGCUUUUUGUGUUAUAGGAGGAAUGAGCUUAACAGCUCUUGUCAUCACUCUAUUCUUCCCUCAAGAUCCAGAAGUUGUUCGUCAUCGCCAUCACCAAUAAGCAAGUGAUAAGAAAUUUUCUAAGCAUUGAAAAAAAAUGGAUUAAUACAAACACCAGUUUGGUUUUUUGUUGUAAUAUGAAAUUAUGGUGUCAUUAAUUAUUGUGUAAAAAAUAUAAUGAUAUGAAAAUAGACAUAUAUAUAUAUAUAUAUAUCAUAGUGUAUUAUUGUGCUUACAAUGUGUAUUUUCAGUGUUAUCGCAAAUGUUAUGCUACAGUAUUUUGAUGAUGGUACAUAGAUAUUUUAAAAUGAUGUUUAAUCAAAUUGCAUUAUAAAAAAUCUGUCAGUAUUGACUAUAAAUUACCUGGUUUUUUCGAACUGUAGUGGAGACAAGUUUAUCAGCUAUUUUCAUGGAUUUUAGAAUGAUAAUAUCUUAGGUGUGUUCUUAUCAACCACUGUAUAAAUAACUUGGGUAUAAUAUACUGCAGUUUGACAACUUUUCUAAUCAGUUGAUCAUUCAAGUCACAAUGUAUUUUUAAUAUGGUUAAAAAAUGAGUUUUCCAAAACACACAUGCCUCCGCUGCCACUUAGCUCUUACUUGACUGCCAGGGUUUCAAUCUUUGCUCAUCUAAGCAUUGAUCUGAUUUUUUUUUCUCUCUUGCUCCAGUCUGUUAUACCCCACCCAAUUGCCCUUGGCGAUAUACUCUCCACCUACAUCAGUGCACCCUCUAUCUUAAUACUGUAUAUAAUAUGAUUAAUUUAAUAGCACAUCACCUGUCUCGGCCCAGUCAAAUUUUCCUGACCAUCGCAAGGUUUUCUGGUGGAUUUGCUCUCAGAUCAGGAUUCUCAUUAUUGGUGCAUUUGCCACUUAUUGAAACUCUCAACUACAGCCAUUUUUGGUCCCCAGCAUUCAGUCAAGAUUGGGUGGGAUUGCACUUCUCUGCCUUUUCCCCCAAUUCAUUGGUUACCCAGAGUUUUGGCUAUGAUUCAAUCCUCUACUUGAGAGCUAUUGGUAGCCCCAGAUUGGCCUGCCCAACCGUGGUUUCAUCUUCUACGGUAUCUUCAAGAGGGUCCACCUCUGCCUCUUCCUCUUUGGCUAUCUCUGAGGCAACCAACCUCAAUCCAACAUUUUACACCCAAACUUUCCUAAGCUCAAACUUUAUGUCUGGAAGUUAUGCAGUUCUUCACACAGCAUUGGGGUUUAAAUUCUAAAGUUGCCUUGUAUGUGUCUCAAUCUAUCCGUAAACCCACAAUGGCCAUUUAUCAGCUGAAAUGGCACACUUGUAGCCAAUGGUGUCUCACGAGGAAAUUGAACCCACAUCACCGAAACGUGCCCACCAUUUCUCAUUUUUUUCACUUUGGUCUAGCUUCAUUUACUGUUGCUUUUCAUAAGGCAGCUUUAUCGACUACUUUUCGUUAUUCUAACAUUGGAAAGUUUUUGACUCCCCAUUGCUAUCUGGCCUUCUCCAAUCAUUUAGAGUCCUUCAUUCCAAACAGCCUUUUCAAUUACCCAACUUGGAUAUCAGGGUGGUAUUACAUGUUCUGUCUCCACAUCCAUUUGAACCUUUAACCUCAUGUACUACGUAUCACCUUUCACUUAAAGGGUAUUUUUUGUUGCUGCUGGCAUGUGGACAUUGUAAGUCAGAGUUGUUUGCACUACAUGUGCACAGUACUCUUUAUCACUUCACUUCUCUCCUGCUAUACCCUGAUAGGUUCUUUCUUCCUAAGACUCUGGCAGCCAGGGAUGGGGAUAAAUCCUUCUUACCAAUUCUUUUGCCAGCUAUUUCUCCCCUUUAUGUCUGAUCAGACACAGAUAGUUUGUUAUGUCCUGUAGAGCGAUAACUCAUUUCGAGGUGAUGGAACUCUACUAUGUCUUUAUUAGGAUCCUUCAGUUUCCUGAGAUUUAUUCCCAAUUACUUUGAUGAGGUGGCUUCACAAACUGAUCCAUAUUGCUUAUUCUGGGCUUUCUUUACAGGCAAGGAAACUUCUUAGAGUUGCAUUUCAUCAGAUUCAGCACAUUUCUAUGUCUUUUGCUUCCCAUUUCAAUUUCCCACUGGAGGACAUUGUACAUGCUGAUAUGUGGCCUUCUCCCAAUACUUUUCUCUCACACUCUUUACACAAUCUGGCAGUUUCUUCUUCUGAGGAUUUUCGACUACCCCCGUGGCCAUUUUGACAACAUCUGCUAGAUUCUAAAGAGGAGUGAGUAUUUUUUGUCCUCCUCUUAUCUCUUUACUUUCCAAGGUCUCUUACCUCUUUUUUUCACUGAAUCCUGCUCUGUGGCAAGCGUUGCCCAGACAGGUGUGCUUUUAUCAAUCCAAUUCCACACUAACAAUAAAUUUACUAUUCUUACUACUGGUUGCAACAGGCUUUGUUGAAAUGAGGUGUUCCAUAAGACCAUCUAGGAGCUCAUCAGAUGGCAUUACCAUAUUAUGCUGGACUGCCACUGAUGGACUAUCAUGAGUAAAGCUAAAUGGGAUCUUGCCCACCCCUGCCAAUCAUUGGAUUGGCUAAGUCGGAGUUGGUUUACCUGUUGCACUGUUCCUCAGUACUCCCCGAUGUGCACUCCCCCCCCCCCCCUCCCAGAUUCUACUAGUAGAGCUAGGGAGUCCUUACCACACCCAGUUUCCCCAGUCACUGGGGUGUGGACAGAGGCUUUUCCUCCAGAAUGUUUGAGUGUUUUCUCCAUUUUUGGAGAAGAGGACUAAGUUGGGGGCCCUCCUACCCGGGUCCCUGGAUGUUUUUUCCAGAUAUUUGUAGGAGUGACACCAGCCUCCGUGAGAGCCUACUUGUAAUACUGGUUCAGAUUUUAUGCUAAGUUAUCCAGUUGGGGUGUGUAUGGCCCUUCCUUUUGUUCAAUAUCAGUUUAGUAUAUUGUUGAUGGAAGGAGGUCCACUAUCUCCUUGUAAUUCCGAACACAAAGUGGUCCCAUCCUGGGUUCUUUGUUGAGCACAGUGUUCCACGUCCUUCUCCAUAAUUCCGGGGUCAAGUAGAAUGCUCCUUGUUCACUCGGUUGUGGAUUGAGGAUAAAUGUUCAUAAUUCCAGACUAAAUUAGCUCUGUUCCUUUGGUUGAAUAAGGCAUACAUGAUCCCAUCAUUACGAGCCUGGGAUGUUACCUUUUGGACUUCUUCAGGUGGAGGAGAGUUUGUCCACUUCGGUGUUGCUUACUUUUUUGUUGUAAUUUCUGUGGUUCAAAAUCCAUCACUCUAUGGCUACAGGUUGGGAUCCAAUCAAAAGUAUAUCUAUAAAUAAUUUUGCGGUCCAAUUACCCUAGCCACCAACAUGGGAUAUAGGGACCAAGACCCCUUAAUUCCAACCCAGAGUUGUGGAACCUUGGCUAUCUGGUUAAAGCUGUCCUAUAAUGAUGAUUACUCAUACUGUUCCACUCUUGAUACAGGAACUUAGUUUUUCUGGGUAAAGAGCAUACCUGUUCUGAUGUAGUGCGGUUCAUCCACUCUUGUACCAACUUUGUCUUGGUAUGCUCCUGUUCUAUACAGAUGUUUUCUGUAUGGUUCAUCUCUGCACCAACCCCUCCACCUUCUCAAUGUGGGAUUCAAGCUAUAAUGUCAGCAGAGGUAUGUUUUGGAAGAUAACAUUUUCCUAUAUUGAAAAUUUAUUUCCAAUAAUACUUACCUCUGCUGGCACUCUCCCACCCUACCUCCCCACUAAAAGCCGGUGUUAGAGACUGGGAAGUGAUUAUAUUAUUUAAAUGAGGUGCUUAUAUACAGUACUAGAUAGAAGGCACAUUGAAGUUGGUGGGAAAUUUUGCAAAUUAGAAUUUUCCAGGGGCAUUUGAGUGGGACAUAAAAGACUGGAGCAAGCAUUUUCAAUGCUUAGAUGGGCAAAGAGUGGAAACCGUGGAGAUCGAGAAAUAGCUAUAGUGUCAGCAGAGGCAAGUAUUAUUGGAAAUACAUUUUUAAUUUAGGAAAAUGUUAACUUAUGAAACUGAAAUUAUUAUGCACAAAUUAUGAAUACAUAGUACAGAGUUGUAAAAUAUGUAUUGUACAUUUAUGUUUAUUUAAUAUGUUUACACGUAUUCCAUGUUGACUAACCUCUGUGCUGUUAAAAGGGGCCAGUAAUGAUUAGGAAUAAGUGAAACGACUAGGAACCCCAGAAAGUAUUGUGAAGAGGUUUUAUUCACUCAGCAUUUCAGCUUUAUUCUUAACAAGGAGAUUAACAUUGUAUAAUGAACUUUAUCACAAGUUUCUAAUUUGAGAGAUGGAGGGUUCAUUAGAAAAAGUAAAGCUAUUAAUAAAGCAGUAAAACUAAAAUAUUGAGCAAAUAACAUCUUACAACCUUGUAUGGUUCACGGUUAUUUCAUUUAGUAUAAUUAUGUGCACUUUAUUCUAGUCAGAAUUAUUUAAAUUUUAUUUUUCUAAAAGUAUUAAAGAACUCUCUUAUGAGAAGUUGUAACAGAGUGUAGUUCUUCACCACUUUAAAUAUAAAAAUGGUACUUUUUUUUCCAUUACCUUCAGUUUCAUUUCUAAGUAACAAAAAUUACAUUUUUUGUUCAUCCUGUGGUUCAGUAAACUAUUCUUCUUUAAGACUUUUUCUUUAUUGCUUAUUUUGCUAUUUUAAAGUAAGCUAAUGCUUAUGUCCAUCUCCAUAUUAAUAGUUUGUAUUGUUAUUUUAUACUACUUUGUAUUUUAGUAAGAAGUGGUUAGCUUAUCUGUCUAAUACAACAUAUUUCCCUUAAAUAUGUAAGUUUGCAUUUCGUUACUGAAACAUUUCUUCUUUCUCUUUGUUCCUACAAUUUUAUCUGCAUUACCUCUUUCUGGAGGGGUACCAAGUGGUCAUUAUUAUUUUAUUUUUAUAGAACAUUAUUGCUAAUUUAAUAUAAUAAGCAGUUGAAUUUUCCAUAUGAAACUACCCCAUAACUGAAAAAUCAAGCCAGUUUUCAAUAAAUUGAGUUUAAGUCAAACAGUUUUCAAACUAGAGAUUUUUGUUUUUUUUGAACAUAAAAUUCUAACUUCUCUGGAAUAUUUUCUCAGAAUUCAAUGUGCUUUUUAUUUUUUAUUAUGAGUGUUUUAUUCUAUAAGAAAUGAUAAAUUUUUCAUGAUGAAAUUAUUUCAGGUUGAAACUAUUGAAAUGAUUCUUUUUUUAAUCAAAUUUAAUAGCAGAAUGUGCUUUAUGUAAGGUUGUGAAAAUAUAAAGUUUUAGAACUCAGAAAUGUUUCAUCGAGAAGCGUACACGUAAGAAAUAAUGUUCUAAACGUACCUUGCUAAAGACACCGAUAUUCUCAUAAACCCUCUCCAGUUUUACAGUGAUGCAGUUUGUUGUGUACACCUUAUUAUUUCACUAUGUAUCUAGGUUAUCAUUAUUUAAUAUAAUAACCAGAAAAUAUACACCAUUUAAUCUUCCAAAUAAAAGUUUACUACACCUAUUUGUAGGUUUACAGCUACCUAGCUGUGAAAGGCUGCAAAAGAAGGCUUGUAGCUUGUGAAAAAUAAGUGUUUGUUUAAGUAAAGAGUAAAGUAAUUUCCACAUAUUAUGAGUUUGAAAAUUAGAACUGAAUAUCAUGUCCAGGUUUGUUUUUGAUGCUAGUAGAUUUUUGUUCCAUCAUGUGUAUAAUUAAUGUAGUUUGGAUAGAAAGAAAAUGAAGUACUUGCUCUUAAGUGCAAUAGUUUAUAUUGAAUUGAUAUAUAGGUUGUGAUUCUGUUUUGUUAAUCUCUUGUGAAAUCUACUGCAUUUUAAACACUUUUAGUAAGAAUGUAUAUACAUACAUAAUAUAUAUUGUGUAAUUUUUACAGUCCAAUGAUCAUACAUCUAAAAAUAACUACAUAAGCUAGAAACGUAGAAACAGAACAACAUAAAAAGAAGGAAUAAUUAGUAGCGUAUUAAAAAUUUAAAUUGAAGCCCAUCUUCUGUGAGAAAUUUAGAUAAUACCAUAAAGUUUUUGUUGCUAACUAUAAUUUCUCUGCAUAGGUAAUCUGACAAAACUUUCUUCAUGAAAUUUUUUGUUCAUGUGUUGGUUGGUUUGAAUUAAAUAGAAUAACUAUAAAUCUUUUUUAGGAAUAGCCUUUAUUAUGAAAUAUUUAUUAUAUAUUUUUCUCAAUUGGUAACCCUCAAUUUAUUCACAGUAUUUACCUCAACUAUUUGUUUACAGUCUUUCAAUUAUGUUUAUUAAAAGACUAAUUUGUGAAACUCGUAAGAUUUCUUAGAUUUGAAUAUUGAAGACAGAACUUAGCAUUAAGUUUACCCACUUACAAUACUUAAGUUCAGGGUUUGAUUCCCUAUGGUGGACAGAGUAUGGAUAACUUUGUGUUAAAACAACAACAGAAUACAGCUGUCACUGACCUUCCAAUUUCUGUAAUAAGUUAAACUUCUUUGUUCAAAGAAAGUGUUCUGUUUACAAGUAUAGUUGUUAACUUGUGUGAAUACUGAAAAGGUGCUGUUAAGCCCCUAGAUUUCUUUGUAAUGUGUAACACUUGAGUAUGUUAUUGAUAGUUUCCAAGUUUAAGAACACUAUCUUUUUCUUAUUAUAAUUACCUCAGCAUAUCUGUUUUUUACUCAAAAACUACCCCUCCCCCAAAAAAUCCAUUUAAUUUCAAAUUAGAACUUUGAUCAACAUAUAUUUAGUUAAAAUAAUUUUACAGUGUUUCUGGACUUGAGCAUAAAGGAUGGACUUCUAAAACGAAAUAAUUGGCAUAUCUGUUACCUGUAUGUAAUUAAGUUUUGUAGAUUAGGCUUUAAUUGUUUCAAUAUCUAAACGUCAAAAAGUGUAACAAUAUUUGUAACAAGAGUAUUCAGAACUACUGAAGAAGGAUCAUGUGACAUUUUGCACUUUUUACAGGGUUGUGCCAGUUCUAACUUUGUUCCAAGUUCAGAACGUAAUCUUGGGCAUACUAGUAAAUAAUUUGUUUAACGUACUGUGAUUCAAGGAUGACUAAAUCCACAUUAUAUACAUAUUAAUUGCCGAUAUAAUGUAUUCCACAAAAUAUUCAAUAAAUAAUGCAUUAUAUAA